AAACUUGUGAAGUGUUUGGAUCCCAAUGACCUGGGGAGAAUCAACUUCAAGGACUUUUGCCGAGGAGUAUUCGCCAUGAAAGGGUGUGAGGAGCUGCUGAAGGACGUGCUGUCGAUGGAGAGCUCGGGGACCCUGCCAUGUUCCCCAGACAUCCCAGACUGUGUGGAGCAGGGCAGUGACAUCUCUAGCUCCACCUUUGCUGAUGGCGAGCUCCUCCUCAGGGAACCCGGCUUCUUCCAGGAAGACGAGGAGGAAGCGAUGACAGUGGCCCUGCCUGAGGGACCCCAGGAGUUAGACAUGGACAGCCCCAUGGAGAGCAGCCAGGGCCCGGAGGGAUCUGUCAGGAGUUCUGGCGAGGAGAAGGAGCCUGAGCUGGGGACCCUGUUCCUGCCUGAGGACAAGUCCCUCGUCCUCACUCCAUCCAUGACCACGUCAGACCUUUCCACUCACUCCACCGCCUCUCUCAUCAGCAACGAGGAGCAGUUUGAAGACUAUGGAGAGGGGGAAGACGUGGACUGCGCCCCCAGCAGCCCCUGCCCCGAUGAUGAGACCAGAACCAACGUCUAUUCAGAUCUGGGAUCUUCAGUGUCUUCCAGCGCGGGGCAGACCCCAAGGAGGAUGCGGCAUGCCUACAACAGUGAGCUGCUGGAUGUGUACUGCUCUCAGUGCUGCAAGAAGAUCAACCUGCUGAACGACCUGGAGGCCCGGCUGAAAAACCUGAAGGCCAACAGCCCCAACCGGAAGAUCUCAAGCACAGCUUUUGGAAGGCAGCUCAUGCACAGCAGCAACUUCAGCAGCAGCAAUGGCAGCACUGAGGACCUGUUCCGCGACAGCAUCGACUCCUGUGACAAUGACAUCACAGAGAAGGUGAGCUUCCUGGAAAAAAAGGUAACAGAGCUGGAGAACGACAGUCUGACCAGUGGGGACCUGAAGAGCAAGCUGAGGCAGGAGAAUACGCAGCUGGUGCACAGGGUACAUGAGCUGGAGGAGAUGGUGAAGGAUCAGGAGACCACAGCGGAGCAGGCGCUGGAGGAGGAAGCCCGACGGCACCGUGAGGCCUACUGCAAGCUGGAGCGGGAGAAGGGUAUUGAGCUGGAGCUGCUCAACACCAGGGUGCAGCAGUUAGAAGAAGAAAACACUGAUCUGAGGACCACGGUAACUCGACUCAAGUCACAGACUGAGAAGCUGGAUGAGGAGCGGCAGCGCAUGUCUGACCGGCUGGAGGACACCAGCCUGAGACUCAAGGAUGAGAUGGACUUGUACAAACGCAUGAUGGACAAGCUGCGGCAGAACCGCCUCGAGUUCCAGAAGGAGCGGGAGGCGACUCAGGAGCUCAUCGAGGACCUUCGGAGGGAGCUGGAGCACCUGCAGAUGUACAAGCUGGACUGCGAGCGGCCAGGUCGGGGCCGCAGCUCAUCCGGCCUUGGCGAGUUCAAUGCCAGAGCCCGGGAGGUGGAACUUGAGCAUGAGGUCAAGCGACUAAAGCAGGAGAACCACAAGCUGCGGGAUCAGAACGACGACUUAAAUGGGCAGAUCCUGAGCCUCAGCCUGUACGAGGCAAAGAACCUCUUUGCCACCCAGACCAAAGCCCAGUCACUGGCCGCAGAAAUUGACACAGCAUCUCGUGAUGAGCUGAUGGAGGCCCUAAAGGAGCAGGAGGAGAUCAACUUCCGGCUGAGGCAGUACAUGGACAAGAUCAUCCUGGCUAUCCUGGACCACAACCCCUCCAUCCUGGAGAUCAAACACUGAGGCAGGGCUGGCUCCAGAGUGGCCGCUGGACCUGGGGCCUGGGGGCAGGCCUGCCUGAGGAUAAAGGCGCAGGCAGGCCCCCACACGCGCUCUGUAAACGUACCUGUGAGCACCCUGCGGGUGCACGCUGGUAUACGUGCAGGGAGCGGCGCGCACACGGGCAGGGAGUGAGCUUGGGGCCCUGGCCGUGGGUGACAACCCAUAGCGAGCUGUGUGUGCACUUUGCAGCCCCUUUGUGAGGGGCUGGGGGACUGGAUGUGGGAGGGCGCUCUCAGGAGUUGACAGCGAGGACUGGAAGCUUGCAUUUAAGGGUACUGAUGAACUGAUUCUACCUCUCUGGAAAAGGGUUGGAAGAUGCUCUCGGGAGAUGGGUUCUCUCCCUUCCCCCACUGGAGAAGAGACUAGACAGUUACAUUCUCCAGAAUUUGGUGUCCUUGCCAGCCUUUCUGGCCACCUUUCAAGCCCAGGUUUUUGUUUUUUUUUUUUUUUUUGUUUUGUUUUUAAGCUCAAAGAGGAGGAAGGGGUAUUGGGGAGAACGGAGACCCCUGUGGGCCAGCCCUCUGGGGUGCAGGUAAACGGGUCCAGCCGACUCGGACUUGCAGAGCAGCUAGCGUGCAUUGUUCGUACUUUUGGGCAGAGUCCGUCGUAGUUUUCCGUGCCCUUCCCAGUCUUAUUCUCCUACCUCCCCUUUCUGGCUUGGCUUCAUUCUGUUUUGAAGAAGAGAAAUAUGAGCAGCAUUCACUUAGGGGUGCAGGGAAGGCCAAGAAGAAGGGUGGGGCACCCAAGGCACUGGGAGCCAGAAAGAGUGGUUGCCUGGGAGAGGUGUGUUCCAUGGCUGCGUCUUAACAUGUGACCUGUCUGGGCCCCCUUCGCCUCGGUGAGGGCAGGCAUAGGGAAGUGUUUCCAAGACCAUCCCUUCCUACCGCUGUCACACCCCCGAAUGUGGUCCCGGGUUAGAGAGCAGACACUGCGCUGAUGGGAAGUCCAGUGGAGAACAUUGUGGGGGGAAUCUUAGUCUUCUGUGAAUAUGUGAUGGGAAUUCACUCCCCGCCUGGGGGGGAGGGGCGUUUAAAAUGUGAACUUUUGUUCUAGGCACCUGGGAUUAGGUACUGUGCUUGGAGUGUCUGGUUUAUCUCGGUCUUAAAUGGCUCUUGAUUGGCUUCCUUACCCCAGCUCCUGUAAACAUGUAUGGUCUUAAAAGUCUUCCCCUUCGGUUUUCUUGAGCACUUCUUGUGUAAAUAAGAAGGUUUGGGCAUGUUGGAGAGGCUAGUGAUCAGAAAGGGGGCACAAUUAAAGGUAAAGAGGGGACUUGGGCUCUGUGCCCUACCUGGCAGAGACAGGGCUGUGGCCAGUUCCAGUCCAGUCACUUCUGCUUUUCUUGGCUUUUGAGGUUCUUUAAAACAUGUGCACGGGGUUUAUCUCAUGCUGCAUGGACGGUGGGUGGGUUGUCAUGCCCUGCUCUGCCUGGAUGAACGAUACCAGGGAUACAGGUGUCUGUGGGCAUCCCCUGAGGUCUGGGAAGAUGUGGAUAAAGGAUGCUCAGUAGGGAGUCGCUUGAGGAUAUGUCAGUAGGAAGGAAGGAAGAAUAAACCAGGGUCUGAGGUUGGUCCAGGUUGCUGUCAGGAACAGAGCAGAGGCCAGCUGAGUAUAGACUCUGAUCUGUGGAGUCUGCUUCCAGGGGUGUUUUGUACUUGAAAUUAUAUUGGCCACCAGCUUCACUUGUGGGUUUCCAGAGAAGGUUGCAGAGGCAUCACAAAAGGGGAAAGAGUUUCUGUGAGGGUAACAGGCAGGGAGGAAGGCUUUUGGCCUACAUCAUUGGUCUGGAAGAAUGGAUUCCCCAAGGAAAUGCCAAGUUUUGAAGCUCACUGUGGGCCUGGGCCCUUGUCUUUGCUACUUUGGGGUUCUUUUUUCCCUUAUUCCUCCUGGGUUCACCUCCUAUUACUAGAUAGGAGAGAAAGAAAGAUGGGGGUGGGGAGAGAGAGAUCCCUGAAUCUAAUUUCUUUUCUACUACCAAUAACUGCAACCAACCCCCCCUGAACAACCACCAUGUCUGCCUCUUAGGGCUUUAGAAUAUGUACACCCUCUGAAGAGUUGCCAGAAUUCCAAACAUCACACCGUCACAGAAACUGUCUGCAGCUGGCAAAACCAUGCCUCUUCCAGAGCCCAAGGCAAAUAAUAGCUGCUUUGGACAGGCUGAGCCAUCCCCAUAUCCCCACACUUGGGAUUAAAACAAAAACAUAUUUUUUUAAGGAAACCAAAAUUCCAAAAUUGUCACUACAUUUUACCCUUCUGUUUUAAGGCAUUAAUUAUGCUAGGUGUAGUGGGAAAUUUUUUUUCUUACAUAUGUGGUAUCUGUACAUCUAUAUACAAUUCUGCAUUGCAAGGAGUGGUGCAUGUCUUACAUUGUAACUUCUUGUAAAGGCCUUGCUCAUAAUGUCUUGCUUAAUCCCUGCUUUAAUAAGGUUGAGAAGUUCAGUGACGCUAAUCAUUUUUCUACCAUGGGCACUCUGCUGCGAUAUGUAAGAGGCUAGUUGCUGUUAAGGUUAUUUUUAUAAAACUGUCUGUUUCUCAGUUUCUCUCUUAACCCAGCUAUCACACAAAUAAUUGAGAAUUAUAUUAUUUUAACAAGCUUCACAGCACAAGAACUGAGCAGUUAUUAAUCUGUUCUUAAUCCUUUAAGGUAAUUUGGCUUCUUCCCAGAGUUCAUCCCAGAGAUACUUGGACUUUGUAGGUUUCCUGCUUCGGCUCCUUCUCCUGGUCCCUCUUGGACAUCUGCCAUGACUAAAUCCCCUACUUCCUUCUUCUAAUUCCUCCUCCCCUGGCUGGCAGGAAGUCCAGCCCUAUUCUCUCCUGUAGCACUCCUUUUAAAAACUACUCUAAUUGGGGUUCCUUAAAGGCUCUCCCUUCCAACCCCCAAACCCUAGGUAGGAGGGAGAACAUUAGUGGGGAGAAUGGGUGCAGACCCCCUUUUCCCAGCUGUUCAGGGUCAGUGGGUGCUUAGGGGCGAUACCAAUCUCCUUUGAUGGCAAAAUCGGCAGCAGUCUCCUCAAAGCCACUGCAUUGAAACGUUUCUCUCCACCUGUCCAAGCCUCCACAGUGUCCUUCUCUGUCCUCUCCAAACUGCCACACCCCACACGCCAACACCACACACCACUUUCUCUCGCUGGGAUUUCUCAUUUAGCUUUUUCAGAGUCCUAGACCACACCACUCUGCCACAUGAGACAGGCAAAGACCAUGCCCCGAACGAGACAAUUUUCAGCUAUGGGAAAACUAAAGCCCAAACUAAAAUCCCACACUUGGGAUUAAAACAAAACCAUAUUUACAUAAAUAACAUAGCUGAGUUUUAAAGAAACCAAAACUUCCAUUAUGCUCUCCUGUGCUGAGCGAUUGGCUUUAUUGGUAUACCAGGGGACAUUUGGGAAAGCAGUGUUCAUAAAACAUGGAGGCAGGAGAUUCUCAGAACAAGGACUGCAGCCAGAUAUGGGGGUCAGGGCACAGAAAUCUGCAGACGGAAUUACACGAUGACUCUAUGCCUGCAAGUUGCCUUCUUGGUGUGAGAUGUCAUCAGUUACUCCAGAGACAUCUUUCAGAUCGUCCUCACUCAUGCCUCUGGAUCUUCGUGAUGGUUUGUUGACAGCUGCUUCCACUUCCAGGUCAGUUAAGUGAGACAGCUUUCCUUUGCAGCUUUGUACGGUCUUUGAAUGAUCCACCCAACUUCCUCUUGUGUGAAUGUCCAACCUUACUUAGGUUCGGGAAGCUCACGGGGCUUGUCUCCUCAUGGUCUUUGAGCUUCAGUGCCUUGAUGUAAGGCCAACUUGAUAUCUUCAUAAUUCAUCUUCUUGAGAUCUGCCUCUGAAGCUGUGACUCACUUUAUUUGCUUGGCGACUCCAGGUAGCAUAGAGCCGUCAGAGAGCCCUGCAUCUAUAAAGCAGUGAAUGGUCCUGCAGGUAGUCAUUUCUGCAUAUUCAGCCACCUUCAGUACCUGUUUAGUAAAGGAUGCUUCACUGGUGUCAGAUUCACAUGGCAGGAAUGCAGUACCAAGAUCACAUGCCAUUAGCGAAGUGGCUGUGCCCUUAACAUCAGUGGUUUUCUCUGUUUCGGUGUUGCCCUGGGAAAGAUACAUACAUUUCACUGAACCUCUUGUUUACUUGCUGUGUAGCAGUUUGGUGGGGUUUUUUCGUAUUGGGAAAUUGUAGACAGACCUUUUCAGUGAAAUAACCACUUUUUGGGUCAGUGGCCAAGGUUUUCAGGAGACUUCUGCUCAGUUCUAGUCUUUGUUUUGAUGGUAUCUACAGCUUUUCAUUUCCUGUGGAAAUGUAAACAAAUAUGCAUCCCCAAUGCAAAACUUUCACUGGUUUCCAUUCUGAUGUUAACAUCCUUAUAGUAUAUAGGUUGGUUUAAUUCCACAGUUUUUGUUGUUGUUUUCUAUAACCCAGUGUGUCUUGGCUGCUAUUGUUCUUUGACUGAAACGGCUCAUAAUUUUUGCUUUGGUGCCCUGAGCUCAGGCUCUCAAGGUUGUUUUUAGUGGUAAGAAAUUACCUUGAAUGUGUCUCUUGGAUCUGGGUUCCUGAACCCAGUGGCUGCCUUUGCCACAUUGCAUACACACUCUGGGAAGUCUAGGUUUGUUGUUUUUUUUUUUUUUCUCUGUUUGAGAUUUAGGAAAACCAAUGCCCCUAGAAACAGCUCAUUUACUUUUCUGGCACGAAGUACUGUAUUUCUCACAAUGCAGUGGGCUUGAAAUUUGAGGCUUUUGGUUUGCUCAUGACUGUAUUUGCAAAUGACUGUAUUUCCCUCAGUUGAAGCACUGGGCAUUUUGAGAUCUGAAACCUUUAGCUAUGGCUUGUCCAAUUAUCGUGGCAGUAACGGUCGUCUCCAUGACCCACUCUUCCGUAGGUGCUGACCUCACCUUUAAUGACUUAUACUUUUUGUGGACUGUAUUUGCAUUUUCAACCGCCAAGGUCCCAGUUAGCACUUCUCUCCCAUCAGGGUCUGGUACGGCUUUGUUCAUGGCUGAGCCCAGUCUAUGUAAAAACCAGCAAAGACUUCUAGAGCUUUGUACGAUCCUUCUAAGCAAGGAUCCUCAGCUUCAUCCCAAGGUCUGAAAGCCACCAAGCGUCACUGCUCUGUAGUAGCCUCAUCACGUUGAAUUUGUUCCUAUUUAUCCGAGUGCCAUGCUUUACCCAGCAGCUGGUCUUUUACUGUAUUCAUUCCCUUCCCUCUGUUUUGCUGUUCAGCGUUUGACGCCUCUUCCCUCCAUCAUGUUAACCAUUGAUUGCAACUGUGGACCAGCCUCUAGGACAGUUGGCACCAGUCCCUUCCAGUCUUGGGGAAUAAUUCUAUUUUGAGUAGCCCAAUUAUUUAGAAUUUGUUUCCCAUAAGGUGAGUACACCCCAUAUGAAAUUGUGGCCUCUUUUUAGAAAAUGCCUUAGAUCUAUAAUUUCUGUAGGACUCCAUCCGAUCCCGCCAGAACCUUGUUCCACACCACUACCAGGUGUGAGGUGUGAGACAGCUUCCAGCCGGGAUAUCAUUUUUUACACUUAACCUUCGAGCUCCGCUCUGAGGCACCACUUGUAUCUGGUCUUUGCUAUUGUGUGGGUUCUUCUCCCCAUCCCGCUCCUUAUUUCGCCCCCACGCCAGUUUUAUCUCCUAUCACUAGAUAGAGAAAUAAGGAUAGAGGAGGGGGAGAGAGAUCCAUGAAUUUCCUAACUUUUUUAUUGUUUCUUCUUUGCUUGUAUCUGGUCUUUGCUACUUUGUGGAUUCCUUUUUCCUGUCCUUUAUUCCCCCAGUUUCACCCCCUACCACUAGACAGAAGGAUAGAGGAGAGAGAGAGAGAGAUCCUUGAAACUAAUUUCUUUGUGUUUCUUCUUUGAGCACAGCUAUUAACAACUCCCCUGCAUAACCAACAACCACUGACCCCACCUGUCAGGGCAUUUAUGUACACUCUGAAAAGAUUCCAGAAUUCCAAACAUCACACAAUCACAGAACCUAUUUGCAACCUGCAAAACCAUGCCUCUGCUGGAGCGCAAGGCAAUCGUGUUCAGCUGCUUCCAGCAGUCUGCAGUGGGCUGAUAUCCCAACACCUGGGAUCAAAAUGGAAACAUUCUUAUAAUAUUUCUGUGUUGUUGGGUUUUUUUGUUUGUUUGUUUGUUUGUUUCUAAUUCCUAAAGCUGAUGGUUAUUAGAGCAGGGAGAUCUUCUAAGCUUACAGCAUCAUACUCAUUGGCUGGAGCUUGCCUUGCUGUUCAAGCAAAGCUUGGAUUGAUGUCCUUAUUGGCAUAGCAAACUCUGCCUUGAGUCCCUCCCACUCCUCAGUGCUGAUGCCACGACCUCUCUUUGGAGGCUUAUUGACUGCCUCUUCCACCUCAUGGUUUGUCAGCCGAGACAGGCCUUCCGGAGUUGAUUUGCAAUCCUUGAAGUUGUCAUCCAGCUUUCUCUCCCUUGAGUUGGCCACUCGGCAUAGAUUUGGAUUUAGCCUUUCAUGGGCAGCUAAUUCUAAUGCCUUGCUGUAUAGGAACUGUUGUCUUUGGGCUUCCUCCAGACCAGCUUCAGCAACCCGGAGUGCUCUUGUCUCGGACCCCGCCCUGGGAACCCUCCAGCACAAGAUGAACAGUGAAGUAUGUUGCCACCUCAGCAUAAGCCACAGUCAACCUGACCUGGCUGAUAAAUGCUCUUCCAUCAAGGUCUGUGUCCUCCCCAGGCUCAAAGAGAUGGGUCAAGGACUUGGUGUCUAGUUCUUGAGCAGUGGGCCACAUUGCUGCUCCUUUGAGAGCAGAGAUAGCAAGAGAGUUGCUAAUGUCGUGUGGAGGGCUGGUCCUUGGACUACAGUUCUGUAGCACUUGUUUUCUUACACCUACUUUAUUUGGGGUAUUAAGGCCUCAACCUUCCAACCUCGGUUAGUGGGAAGAGAGAGCCCCUUUACUUCUGACUGUUUAGGGUCGAAGGGUCUUGGGGGAUGCUCCAGGCUCUGUCAGCCGCAGAAGCAACUAGCAGGCACCUCCACACCGCUGCACCGCGGAGCGUUUCCGUCUGUGUGCUCCAAACUGCCACACUGCCCAUCCCUCGGGUCUCUCCAGACUACGAGGUGCCACUUGCCAACACCACACGCCACCCACUCUUCUCUUUCUAGGCUCAUUUUAUAUCCCCGGAGUCCCAGACCACGCCCCUCUCCCUGCCGUUCCCAGCUGGCAGAGGCCACACUCCUGCAUAUGACAAUUAACAGCCAUGGACAAACUCUACCCCAACUAAAAUCCCACACUUGGGAUUAAAACAAAAACAUAUUUACAUAGCAUAGCUGAGUUUACAAAAAAACCAAAACUUCAUUACAUAGUUACAUCACAUGAAACUGGUUGGUGAUCUGUUGUGCUGUGGCUUGCUGUGGCUUCCUGAGGCCAAGAGCAACUUUGAAUGUCAUGUUCACCAAGUGGUGUCAUCACCAUCUUCAUUGACCCAGGGCAGACAUUGGCCUCUUGGCAUUGGUCUCUCCACUCCUGUCUAGCCAUAGUAGUGGUAGCAAGAUCAGCUUACCAGUGGCAUUAAAGAUAAGGGAAGGUAGACAGAAGACAAAAAAAUGGGCCAUGAUACAUUUCCUCCAUGUGUCUUGGCACUUACUGCACUCUGGCACUAAGGGGUUUGUUUUUUUUUUAAAUAUUUUUAUAAAUUACAGUUUAUUCACUUUGUAUCCCCACUGUAACCCCCUCCCUCAUCUCCCAUACCCCUUCCCAAGUCCACUGAUAGGAGGUCCUCUUCCCCUUCCAUCUGACCCUAGCCCAUUAGGUCCCCUCAGGACUGUCUUUCAUAAUCUUCCUCUGAGGCCUGGUAAGGCUGCUUCCUUGUCAGGGGGAGGUGAUCAAAGAGCCAGCCACUGAGUUCAUGACAGUUUCUGUUCCCCUUACUAGGAAACCCACUUGGAGACUGAGCUGCCAUGGGUUACAUCUGUGCAGGGGUUCUAGGUUAUCUCCAUGCAUGGCCCUUGGUUGGAGUAUCAGUCUCAGCAAAGACCCCUGUGCCCAGAUUGUUUAGUUCUGUUGCUCUCCUUGUGGAGCUCCUGUGCCCUCUAGGUCUGUCUUCCCCUUCUUUCAUAAGAUUCCCUGCACUCUGCCCAAAGUUUGGCUGUGAGUCUCAGUAUCUCCUUCGAUGUUUUUUAAAACAGCAUCAGCGACCAGGUCCGGUGGAGGAAUGACUGUGUCGUUCUCUUGUGUCAGUGAUUUAAGCGAACACGCCCUUUUCAGCUUGUGAUCCUAAGCUGGUGAAUCUGCAUUCAUCAUUGAGCCUGUUACAGUGAGCGUGAAGCACCCUUGGAUACCCGUGCUACACACCUCAGGCAAUAUCCGCCCUUUUUUUCUAUCUUUUUUUUUUUUUUUUUUUUUAAUGUGCAUUGGUAUUUUGCCUGCAUAUAUAUCGUGAGGGUGUCAGAAGCCCUGGAACUGGAAUUACAGGCAGUUGUAAGCUGCAUGCCAUGUGGGCGCUGGGAGCAGGUUUUUAAUUAUAUUUCCUGAGACAGGGUCUCUCACUGUAGCUCCAGCUGUCUCAAGGCAAUUCUCUUGUCUUAGCCUCCAGAAUGCUGGGAUUACAGGCAUGAGUUACCACGCCCGUUUUAUUUUUAAAAUGUUCUUCUAGACUUGAAAGCCCAGGGGUCCCAGCGCCAUAUCACUCGUGGAAGGUUCCAGAACUUUCCUUGGUUGGGAAGAAUCUGAUCUCUAUUUCUGAUGUCUGCCUGGCUUGGUUUACAGUUGUGAGCCAUCCCUUGACUUCCCUUUGUCUUGAUUAUAGACUUGGCAUUCAGUUAGAUUUGAGUGUCAGAUAAACAAGUGGUUUUAGAAUCAUGAUAUUCCACGCCAUACUUGAUGUUUAGGGAACUUUUUAACAUUCUCCUCACAUGUUCUAACAGUUGGUACAGGUGUGGCCCAGGCCUUGGAAUGUUUUAAGAAUGCCUCAAGUGAUGCUAAUUUAGCUAGAUGCCCUGUGAAGUGGGUGUUGCUUUUGCCAGAUUGGACAACUCCCUCAGGGAAGGGUCAGCAGUAACCUGCCAGAUCCAGGGGUGCACCUUUUAUGUGGCUCUAAGCCAUCCUUACAUUCCACUGGAAGCCAACAAGCUCAUGCCUUCCUAUGUUUGUUUUCCUGUUAGCUUUGACUUAGAUAGAUUUCAUUUUAAGCCAGUUUUUUUUUUUUUUUUUGAGACUCUACAGAGGAAGUUCCUUUUUAAAUUUUAUUUCUGAUACGCUAAAAACACAACGCUCAAGAACCAAACAGAAGAUUAGGACUUUGAGACUGAGUUUGCCAGUUUGGCUGUGUGCUGGUGUCACCUGGGAAGGUCUUGAAAAGAAUCUGAUGAUGGAGGGCUUGGGAAUGCAGCACGGUGAUACUGUGCCUAGUGUGAGGUUCAGUCCUUGGCAGCAUGAAAAGAAGUUGAUAGCAGGACCAACUCUGAGCUCGGUAUCUAACUGGUGGCACAGGGUGGCUGGGCACCUUUAUUUUCAGUGGUCUUCCCAAGGGCUGCUCCGGCACAGCUCAAGGUGGAGGCUCCUGUCCUAGAAAGUCAUUGGCUCAAGUAGAGAAAAACCCAUGAAAUGUCUGCCGAGUUCAGGCGGGGCUGGAGAAGCAUGCCCUUGGUUGAGAUGAUGGAUGACUUUUGGCGAUGAUGCCACUGCAUGGUCCCUGCCCCGAGAGAGUCCAGCUACUCUCACUAGCCUGGAAGUCUGUAUCCCUUAAUGGUUCUCUGCAUGGGACCCCUGGUGUCACAGGAAACAAGUGCCACCAUAUACUGGGUACGGGCUUGAGGUGGAGGCAGAUAGUCAGGUAAGCGCUGGACCUGGAAAGCAGCCUCAGAUGCAGUGGCCACUUGCCCCCAUGGGUUUUAUCCAUUUUCUGACUGGGCAGUGAGAGUGUCACAGUUGCUUCCCUGUCAGUGCCAAAUCUGCACCCAGCCCACACCAGACUCUAGGUGAUGGUCUGAUGGUCAGUUUGGUUCUGAUGGUCCAGGAGGUUUUGGUACACAUUAGGCUCUGUAAGGGAUUUGUAAGCGAGUCUCCAGUGAGAUCCAAGGAAGCGGGGGGAAUUCACUUGUCCGUGGGGCAUUGGCAUAUCCACACCUGUUUGUAGACAUGACUGAUGGGACCUGGGAAAGGUUUAGUCACCGAGACCUUUAAGUCACCCGGUGAUUCUGUAGAAGUCUAGAGGAAGCUCUUCAGGGCUUCAAUGCUGCCCCUUCUCCCCAAUCUUCCCUCCUACCCCGCCCCUCACUAGGGCUCAAGGACUUUCCUCUGUGGUGGAUCCUCAGGUUGGUGUCACUAGCAAGUGCUUACUGAGGGGGUCUCAAGCUCACAGGACUUCGAUGUCCUGACUUCCCCCAUGACGGAGUGUACGUGUGAUGGGUGUGUCAGGAGAAAGUGGUAGCACCUUCAGGGGGCUCUGUGGCUCUGAAAUCUUUUAGUCUUUCAGCUAAAAAAAAUAGCCACUUCCAGACGGUGUUUCUGAAAGCAUAGCAAGGUGACAGGCCUUGUCACCCUAUUCGCUGGAUAGCUUUGAUGUCCCUUCCUUGUGGGCUCCUCUUUCCUGUCGUGGCUGUACUGUAGGGAUGUGUGCCCCAGAAGUACCAGCUGGGUCAGCAUCCCAGGCCACCUCUCCUACAGGCCUAAGUCCUGAUGGCCCUGCCUCUUGUUGGGACCAUCUGCACAAACCGUUUGUUGUCUGCAUGGUUUGGGGUCCUCGUGCCUUUUUCUUCCUUGUUGCCACCACACAGGAUUCUGUUAUCCACUGCCCCUUUUGUACGUCCCCUUACCCUGUCUCCCCCGUCUUGUGUGUGCUCACGUGUGCAGCCAUAUGCCUCCCCUGAGGCCAGCUGCAGACACUGUACCCUACCUCCACCCCUGCCCCGUCGGGCCCAGCAUUCUAUUGCUCCCCAGCCUCUGUUGAUUUGGUGAGUUUUGUACAGGAUCUUGUUACAGUCUUCAUAGGAGCCACUCGGUCCCCACGUACCUGCAGCUAGUUUAGAAGCCCUGCGUUCCAGACAAGGGCAGCUUUGUGCGGACCAGCUUCUCCCACAAACCCCUUCUGUGUGGGUUCGGAUGUUUAUAGAAGACAGACAUCCUCUAUCCUGAGCUGGCCCCAGCAGGGAGGUUGCAGCUCUGUGUAUGGCUCUUCUAGAGGAAGCCCCAGCCAUGUGGUGUCCAUGCCUGGCAGUACAUCUGGGGUUAGGGUCACGGCCUCCUGUGUGUCCCCCGUGUGUGCUGAAGGAAGCCAUCUGCUGCGGUCCCUGCCUGCUAUCCUCACCUGUCUAGCCCUUCCUUGUCUGCUGGUGCUCAGACCAGAGUGCCAUUAAUCACCAGACUAACAUCAGGGCCCGGACAGGACGCUGUGUGCCGAGGACUCGGCCUGCUGGCUCCCAACCUCAGCUCUUCAUGCUAUGGGGCUGGGCCUUCUGCGGCUCAGGUGGAGGAAGCUAUAGGCAGAUAAGUUCUGACUCUCCGGGGGUUACAUCUGGGGCUUACCAGAAGCCAGUAAUUGCAAAUGGCCUUAGCUUUGGGGUCAGAAAGAAACUUCUUCAGGCCCCAGGGUGGGGGAGAGUGGGGUGAGUCCCAGGCCCUGAAUUGUUUGCUUUUAGCCUGUUCUCUACAGAAACAGGCUUUAGUGGUGGGCACCUUCCAAGGAACUGUAAUGUACAGACCACAGUGUAAAUAAAAAAGUUGGCUUUUUGUGCCUGA